CGCAGUUUACCUCAGCACGGAACACUCAGUUGCCAUAGCUCCUUACACGUCCCAUCUGACAGUGCCAGGCACGUGUCACGAUGGUAGAUAUCGAGGAUCUGGCGUCGUUCGGCAAUCCCUUUGAUGACGAAAGGCCACCCGGAUCAGGUCGCAAUCGAAGCGGCAAAGUCGCCGUAAACGGCGCCGUCAAUCGCGGAUUCAGUCGCACGAAUGGCCGAUUGGCCGCGGAUUUAGGCACGGGCGAUUCGUUCGACACUAGAAGUUUGCCGCAAACCACCAAUCAGAGUGAUGUUUCAUCGUCCUUGAACGGAGAGAUCCUAACCGUUGAUCCCCAGGUACCCCUUCCUGAGGUAGGAGGCGGUCGGCCAGCUGUCAAACGGCGGUCGAAACUAGCUACAGUUCGCGCUGACGGUAACGGUAGCAGAACUGACGGUGACGGUAACAACAGUAAUAAUGGGUUGGCGCAGGCUGGCGAAGCGGUGGACAGUGGAGUGAGGGUUUCGGGGACAAAGCCUGGCAGUGAGGUUGCUCGUAUCGGGGAUAACGAAGCGAAUGGUUUGGAUGAGCAUGGAGAUGAGAUCGAGCACGAGAAUGCUCCGACUUCUGUUCCUGGAACGCAGUCGAUAUAUAUCAAGACGUUUGGCUGCUCCCAUAACCAGAGCGACAGCGAGUACAUGGCCGGGCAGCUGGCAGCAUUUGGGUACCAACUGGUGGAGGUGCCUUCUGAGGCGGACCUGUGGAUUGUUAACACCUGCACGGUCAAGAACCCCUCACAGUCAGCCAUGGACACUCUUGUGCGCAAGGGCAGGGACCUGGGCAAGCGCCUUGUGCUCGCAGGAUGUGUGCCUCAGGGCGACAGUGGCGUGGCAGGCAGCGAGGGAGUGAGUGUGGUGGGCGUGCAGCAGAUCGACCGCGUGGUGGAGGUAGUGGAGGAGACGCUCAAGGGCAACACCGUGAGGCUGCUCUCCCGGAACCGAGCGCUCCCUGCACUCGACCUCCCAAAGGUGCGGCGCAACAAGUGGGUGGAGAUCGUGCCCAUCAGCGUGGGCUGCCUUGGCGCCUGCACAUACUGCAAGACAAAGCACGCUAGAGGCCAUCUGGGCUCGUACCCUGUCGCUGUGCUGCUUGACAGAGUGCGAGCAGCAGUGGCAGAGGGUGUGCGGGAGGUCUGGCUGAGCAGCGAGGACACAGGCGCAUAUGGCCGUGACAUCGGCUCCAACCUGCCCUCCCUUCUCUCCUCCUUAGUCUCCGAACUCCCCCCCGACGGCCGCUGCAUGCUCCGAGUCGGAAUGACCAACCCGCCCUACAUUCUCGAGCACCUGCCCGAGAUCGCGAAGAUCCUCAACCACGCCUGCGUGUACAAGUUUCUUCACCUGCCCGUGCAGUCGGGCAGCAACAGCGUGCUGGAGGGCAUGAGGAGGGAAUACACGGUGGAGGAAUUCUGCCUUGUAGUCGACACUCUAAUGGGUCUGGUGCCUGGCUUGGAGAUUGCCACGGAUAUCAUCUGCGGCUUCCCAGGCGAGACAGCAGCAGACUUUGAGAAGACCAUGGAUCUGAUCCGCAAGUACAAGUUCGCUCAAGUGCACAUCUCACAGUUCUACCCGCGCCCAGGCACCCCAGCAGCGCGCAUGCCCAAGGUGCCAUCAGGGGAAGUGAAGCAGCGCAGCAGAGCACUUACUGCGCUCAUAGAGUCAUUCACACCCUACACGGGCCUUCUUGGAACCACCCAGAGGGUGUGGAUCACGGAUGUUGCCGCGGAUAAGACGAAGCUCGUCGGCCACACGGAUAGCUACGUGCAGGUGCUCGUCCCACCUGAUGACGUGGCACUGGAUCAGGUGCCAGGUGGCAAGGCGCCAAAUGACACGUCAGCAGCCAGCGUGUCAUCAGGUGACAGGGUGGAUCAAGAUGAGGGCACUCUAGGACAAUCUGCAGGCUCUGGACGGGCGGCAGAUUCCAGUAAGCCGACCAGUGGCAGCGCCAGUGCGUUGCUAGGGUCGGACUUGUUUGUCCGCAUCUCCACUGUCGGGCGGUGGUCUGUCAUUGGUGUGCCGAUUUCUGCUCCAACAAAGUAUCACGUGCUCGCUGCUGCAAGAUCAGGUGUUCAAACCAAGGCACAGCAGAGCAAGGAGAAGCAGCAGUUUGAGAUUGAGCAGCUACCGCCACCACCACUGCAGCAGCAGCAGCAGCAGCAGCGUCAGGAGCCAGGAGUGGCUGGAGCUUCAGUAGAGUGUUGCGGUGGAGGGAGCGAGGGAGCAUGUGCUUGCUCUGGCGAUGCUUCUGCUGCUGCUGCUGCAGAAGAGGACAAGUGCUGCCACUCAGGGAACUCAUCCUGCAGUUGCACUGGGAAAGGGAAAGCGCACUCUGCACUGGCGGCAGCAGGGCCUGGGGAAGGAGACGGGCACUUGGGAAGUGAAGGACUGGCAAGUGAAGCAACUUCUGGUGGGAUUUCUGAUGCAGAUAAGGCAUCACAAGCUUUAGGGAGGGGCAUGGGGCUAGUUGACGGGUUGUUGCUUGCUGGCAUCGCUGUAGGAGCAUUAGGUAUUGUGGUUUCUUUGGCUUGGUCUUUGUCCAUUCGCUAUCCUUAUAGUAGAUAAACUAUUCAUUUUAUUUGGCUUCGGCUCUCCAACCCU